AUGGCGCAGUCCAAUUUCCCAGUGAUGACUAAAGAGGCGGCGGAAAAGACUGCUCGGUCAAUAUUUGUGGGCAAUAUUCCUUACGAAGCAACUGAAGAAAAGCUCAUUGAAUUAUUCAGCAAGCCGAAAGGUUACGGAUUCUGUGAGUACAAUAAUCCUGCGAUUGCCGCAAGUGCUCUGCGAAAUCUGCAGAACAUCGAAUUUAAUGGGCGUCCUUUACGAAUAGGACCGGCUGCCGGUGAACAGAAUUCAGCGGAAUUAGCUCUCAGUAAUCCGGCGGUAGGACCUCCUCUGGAAAGUCCCUACGGUGAUCCGGUUGACCCACAAACUGCCCCAGAGACAAUUAGUCGUGCGGUAGCCAGUUUACCUCCGGAACAAAUGUAUGAACUUAUGAAACAAAUGAAGUUAUGUAUUCAAAACAACCCGAACGAAGCGCGAAAUAUCCUUCUUCAGAAUCCACAACUUGCCUAUGCUCUGCUCCAAGCACAAAUCGUGAUGAAAAUUGUGGAUCCAAAGGUUGCCAUUGCCAUGCUUAAUCGUAGCCAUGACCAAAUUCCGCCAGCAAUGCCAGAUGACAAAGAAACUCCAACGAAACCAGCCCCCUCCACAGUUCCGUCCUCAAUGCCUGGAACAGCGACGGGGACCACUUCGAUACCUCCUGGAAUGAUGAAUCCGAAUAUCGCUUCUGGUAGCAUGCAUGGGAUGCCACCUAAUUCUUAUCCCCCUCAAAAUACUGGAAUAAUGCCUGCUGGUCCCGGGAGCAACCUUCCACCGGGCCCAUAUACUGUCGAUCAGCAUCCCAUGGGUGCCCCACCUAAUCCCGGCACAAGUGGAAAAACGCUGACCAAAAAGAAAUCUAUGCAGCCCGUUCAGACGAUAGAACAAUUGUCAGUAUUGAGGUCGUUGCAGAUAACCCCAGCGAUCGCGGCGGCAGCUGCGGCUAGCAUGGGUCCGAACAGUCUACUGGCUGGACAAGGCGAACAGGAGAAGGUUGCACUUAUCAUGCAAGUGUUACAGUUGUCCGACGAGCAGUUGGCCAUGCUUCCAGAUGAUCAACGUCGCAGCAUAAUGAUCUUAAAGGAGCAGCUGGGAAAAACUGGUGCAAUCUGA